AUGAAACCUUAUCAGACUCCAAAUUCUGGUCAUUCUCGUUAAGGAAGUUUAAGAGUGUAAAGACAACCAUUAGCUGUAAUAAACAAUUGUCCUGAAUUUUCAUAAUGUGCAAAUUACUUGCAAUAGAAAGUUUAAGGAUUAGAGUAGAGAGUUAAGAAUCUUAAUAGUUAACAUGCAGAUAGAACAGAAAAUAGAUCUACUACUGCAUAAAAAAAUGAAACAUCUCUAUCACCAUUUGUUAGAUAAUAAAAACCAUGCAGUUCAAAUUAGAAAGUGGAUUCUUAGAGUUAUUAUGAAACUAUCAUUAACAAAAGAUUAGAAAACAUUAGUAAAAUAGAUUAAUCUCCUGUACAUAUCAAAACUGAUAAUACAGUACUUUAAUAAGAUAAAUAUUCAAUACAUAGUUAAUUUUCUAAUUUAGGUCCAUCAUCUGGUAAAUUGCAUUCUAACAGUAUUAUAAGAAUUUAAUAAUUGACUAAGAAAUUAAGAAAGUUUAAAAUGAUCAAAGAUUAAAAUUAAGAUGAAUGUGCUCCAUCUUUGGCUAAAAUUAAAUGUUUUUGUUAAGAAUACUAUAAUGAUUGUUUUGAUUUCUAUAGAUGCACAGAUUUGAUUGCUUUAAAAUAUUUUAUCUAUUUGCUUGUUUAAGAAAUUAAUACUCUAUAUAGUUAGGAUGCUUUUAAGAUGGCAGAUAAUUCAAUGUAAUAUUAAUAAUAGAUUGAAAUUCUCAAAGAAUAAUUAGACAACUAAAAGAGUGAUUAAGUAAGUUUCUAAAAUUAAUUGAAAUUAUAAAAAAUGGUUGUAGAUACAUAAAAAUUAAUAUAAGAUAUUAUUAAUGUUUUAUAAACUAAACAUAAUUAAAGUACAUUAAUCAAUUAAGUUGAAGUAUUGAAUAAUUAAAUGAAAAAUAUCAAAGAAAAUAUGUCUACAAAUUAAAUUUAACAUCAAAAUGCUACUUCAUUUGGAUAAUAAUUAGCAAAAUGUGGAAUUGAUAUUAAUUAUCAAUAGAGAGUAACUAAUGAUACAUCAGUUGUAAAUUAAUCUAAUUUUAAAACUUAAACAGUAGAUGAAAGAAAUUAAACCUAAUUCAGUUCAAAAUCAAAGUCUCCUUAUAGUAGAAAUCAAAAAAAGAUUAAUUUUGAUAUAGAAUAAUAAUGUGAUGUGAAUAAAAAGUUAUUUGAUGAAUAAGUGAUAACAAAUAGAUAAUUGAUGGAAAAACUAUUCAAAUUAUAAACUGAAAAGUAAUAGAAUGAUUAGAUAUUGAAGUAAGUGUAAGAAGAAUUAAAAUAAAGAAAUUAAAUUAUUAUAGAUUUAGAAAAUAAUAUAGAGAAAGAGAAUUCAUUACUUAAUUAAAUGAAUUAAAAUCUAUAGGAAACUAUUUAAUAAAAUAAAGAAUUAUAAAAAGAAAAUAAUAAUUACAAAGAAAGCAUUGAUCAAUAUAUGUAGAUAGAAUAAAAGUAUUAUGAUUUAUUACAACAAAACAAUAAGUAAUUCUAAUAAUUGAAUUAAGUAUUAAAAGAACAUGGAUGUCUAUAGAAAGUUUAAUAAUAAAUAGAAGUAUUAUUAUUAAUUUAUUAUAGGCUGAAUGCAAAGGAUAUUAAUAACAAAUUUUAAAAUUAUAAGAAAAAUGUUAAGCUUAAUAUGCUCAAUUGUAAGAUCAAAGUGAUGCCAAGUAUCUAUAAUAGUAAAUUAAUGAAUUAUUAUUAUAAUAAUAAGAACAAAGCAAAAUAAUAGUAAUCAAUUUUUAUAUAAAAUAGACUUUGAUUACUGAUGAAGCCUUGUAUCUAGGACAGAUGACUCUUUAUGCUUGUGAUAUAUUAUCUAGAUAAUCAACAGAUGGUAUUCCAACCACUCUUGUUAUGUUGCAAAAAGACUUAAAUGGAAAGAGAAGUACAAUUUAAUAGAAAAUGAAUAUUCUGUAAUAAUUUGGAAACAAUAUGAAAAAUCAACAUUUGAUUGCUCAUAGUAAUUCUAGUUAAUUUAAUGAUAAUGUGGAUUUACUGGAAAAUCUACAUAGUGAAACUUCAUCGAUUAGAUAGAAGAAUGUAAGUUCUUAUGAGGAGACUGCAAGUACAAUACAUAAUAAUAAUAUUUAAUCAAAUGAUUUAAUGGUGAUGUUAUUAGUUUAAUGCAACACUUUAGAGAAAAUGAUGGAACUUUGA